AUUUCUUCCUACCACCUAUAAAGGAGAUCGCUCCCCUGUCAAUUAGUGGUGCUGCUGCAUUAUUAGUGAGCAGCUUAGUCAACUCAACCCGCGGUUCCUUCUUGCCCCCAAUAAUUAAUCCUGUGGGCGAACCUUUUCCUCUUUUCCUUUGUACUUCUGUGCUCCCACCCGGCAGGUCGUGCGAGCGAGCGGAGGAGUGCUGCCUCUCCCUCUUUGCCAGCCCACCAUGGACCGCAUCGAGAGUAUCGGGAAUCGAAGCGAUGACCAGCCAACUCCGUUUCCUGCGCUGGCCGACGCUUCGACUCCUGCCACCCCGGUGCAGACGUCAUCUGGUCCGCCUCGCGCCUCGUCCCAGCGGAUGCGACGGCCGAGCAUCCGUAUCUCACGCCUGCCCAGCGACCCGAAUCUGCCCACUCUACGCACGCCUGUGAAUGGAAGCAGGCCGGCGACGCUUCUACACCAACUUGACACUCGCAACCUCGCGCCCGAUCAACAUGUGGAUGAUUCCUGGGAAGGGAACCGCCGCCGCAGCAAUUCAGAGCCGCGCCCAGGGCGGUACUCGGCGCCGCCGGUCAUUGCGAGCCCUAGACCCCCUCAGUGCCCGGUUAUGGCUCCUCUGGACGAGGAGUGUGCCCUCCGGACUGCUACCGCUGCUGAAACGACUGCCGGGCCAUCUUCGGCUGAAUUGCUCCAGGAACCUCAACCGGCGGCUAUCCAAACUCCGCCAAGGGGUCUGCUGCGUCGGGCGAGCGGGGUGGCCUUCAAUGCCCUCGCGAGGAAACGAGGGACCACUAUUAGCGGUAGCUCGCCGACGAAUAGCCACCAGAUCACGGAAUAUGACUCGCAGAUUGUUGAUUUGCUUGAUGUGAUUGACCCGGAAGUUUCCACCCUGUCGACUCUUACCAACGUGCAGAACUCGCUCUUCAUUCCGGACCUGGGCGGUAUUCUGAACCGUAUGCCUACAUACACCUUGACACGACCAGAGAGGGUUUCCGAAGAAGAGACAACAUCCACCGAUGAAGACCAAGAUCAGGGUGUCGAGCUCAAACAACGUCCGACCUUGGACCAACUUCGGAUGUAUUCCAGUAUCUCAUCUGCGUUACCCUCGGAUGGCGUUCGGUACGCCGUCUUGCCAGAAGACCAUACACUGGACGGGUGGUCGCAGCGGGACAUCGAAGAAUUAAACGAUCACGUCCGGCAUAUGCUGCACUCCCGCCGGUCGAAAUUCAAACGAAGCAUGAAGGGGUUUGGCAAAUAUGUCCGCAAGCCACUGGGCUUCCUUGUCACCCUAUAUGCAACCCUCAUCACACUUUUCGGUCUGGCUUGGGUUCUGUUCUUGAUCGGUUGGAUCAACGUUGGUGGACGCCAGCUUUACGUGAUCAACGUCAUCGACAACGUCCUUGUCGCCCUUUUCGCCGUCAUGGGCGACGGCUUGGCCCCCUUCCGUGCCGUUGAUACCUAUCACAUGGCUUUUAUCGCCCACUAUACUUUCAAGACCUGGAAGAUUCGCAACAAACGUGCCCUGCCCGGCCUAAAGGACAAGAAUGACCUUCCUGGACGCAGCCAGGCCGACCUUGAGGCCGACCUCGGCGAAAUUGACAAAGAAGACACGCACGAGUUCAGUGUUCUCACCCCUAAGCAGCAACAGAGGCUCGAACACCACCAGAUGAAACUCUCCAAGUCUCACACUUUCUACAAGCCUCACGAAACGAUUACCCACCACGCCUUCCCGAUGCGGAUGCUCAUCGCCAUCAUCGUCUUGUUGGACCUGCAUUCGUGUUUCCAGAUCGCCCUCGGAACAUGCACCUGGAGCAUCAACUAUCACGUCCGUCCAUUCGCCUUGACCACCGUGAUUCUCUGCUGCUCAAUCACCUGCAACAUCACCGGCGGUGUGCUGAUCAUGAUCGGCGAUCGACGAACCCGUAAGAAGGAAGUGGUCGAACGGAUGUUCCGCCAACAGCUCACCAGCGAGGCGAUGAAGAAAAUGCAAAAGAAAAAACGUAAGGAGAAGCUCCAGCUGGCUGAGGAGCUGGACACCGUUCCGGAUCCCGUUCACCAGCAGAACUCUACGCUGGAUCCCGUCCACGAGCACAUCUCAACGCAGGAUCACGUGGCGCGAGCGGUCUUCCCAGCCCCAAUCUCAUGA